UAAAUGGAAUUAUUGGUGUGGCUCCUUCGAUUAAUUUCACUGAAAAAAUUUGGAAAGAAGUUGAUGACCUUGGUUUAUUGACAAACUUGUCAAAAAGUACUCCUACAGAAAUUAUAUAUAAUCGACCAUCAAAAUAUUCUGAAUCUGGAAGUUAUCCGAUUUCAUUACAUUUUCUUCAGGAGUCUCGAAAACAUUAUUUACACAAAGAAAUUAUUGAUGUUAAGAAUAUUUCAUGUCCUAUUACGUUUAUACAUGGACAAAAUGAUAAUGAUGUCUCGUAUCAUGGUACUUUAAAAUGGGCAAGAAUGUUGUCUCCUGAUGAAAAUGCAAGAGAAAAUGUCAAG